UCGUACUAUCAUCCCUCCUGCGCUUCCUUCUCUCCCAUUUCCCAUACAAAGACAGACACUGAGACGGUUCUUUCGGACCAUCGUCUUCCUUGUCUACUUUCUCCAGUCUCUAGCGAGGAACGCAUGACUUCGUUGAUUGCAAGAUUGCCUCCGGCAUUGCUGUUCCAUGGACGACAAACCCUUUUUGGAACUCCUCAGAAAUACCCUAUAUCCUUCCCUGCAGGGAAACUGAGUCAUUCUUUUGUUGCUGUAAAGGCCACAGGUGAAAGUUCUGAAUCUUCAACAUCCUUGAUUGUUAAAUCUGUUCAAAAUGUUUGGGAUAAAUCUGAAGAUCGAUUUGCUCUUUUUGGCUUUGGUUUUGCAGCUGUAGUUGCUAUAUGGGCCUCAGCAAAUCUGAUUACAGCCAUUGACAAGCUUCCUCUCAUCCCAAAUGCACUAGAAUUAGUGGGGAUAUUGUUUUCUUCGGUAAGUCUGUUCUGCGAUACACUUUUGAUAUGUUCGAUUGGUCAGGAUAUGGUUGGAAAAGAAAUAAAAAUCUUGGAAUCUCACAACCAUUUAAGCCCCUAGUGGUUAGAGGAUUUCAAAUGACCUUUUUUCUCUCCAUUUUCUUGAUAAUCAGAUAGAUCAUUAUGGUUUUUUACCAUUACUAUACCGUGCAUGCAAUUUUCCUCAUUAGUUCCAAUAUUAACUUGAAUAUCUAUGUCCUCAGUGGUUCGUAUAUCGCUACCUGUUGUUCAAACCAGAUCGGUAAGCCCAGUCUGAAACAUAAUAGAAGAAUAGUUUUUUUUUUUUUCAUAACUAUAUAGCAUCUGCUAUUUCUGCAUUUCAUUUUUCUUUUUUCUCCUCAGGGAAGAGCUGUCCCAGAUCAUCAACAGGUACAUCUCAGAUAUCUUAGGCCAGUGAAUUGUGGUGCAAGAUGAGAGAUCCAUUUGCAACUGUUGUAUUUUCCUGAACAUUGGAGCUAAAUUUUUUUGCCACUGUUAUUUAUGAAAGAUGUGAAAAUUGAAAUAUUUAUGUCAUGUCAUCUGAAACUAUUUUUGUCAA